AUGGUGAAACUUUUGACUGUCCUCUUCCUGGGACUUUCGCCUGCGGCCUAUGGCUACGUGUGUAACACAGUGGUGAGUCCAAAUGAAACACUUAUGGGUGAGAUUCGUUUUACUCAUUAUUCAAUCGUAUGAAUCGGUUCUUGACAUGUAGAUGUAGACCCUCUAAUGCUGAUGAGGUUAGCCAGUCGUGCUGACACGGGCUCACAGUGGGUUUCCCCUUAUUGAGUCCGUAUAAGCAUAGCUUGUGGAACUUCAGCUUUCAAGAACAUGUAUCUGGCCAGCAGUCUUACUCAUCAAAACAUCUAAAGGCAAACUCCUAGACUUUCUGCCUAUUACUCAAUUCCAGCCAGAUCCAGUGGCCGGACCUCACAACGACAUACCGACACGAUUCGUCGUCCUGUCGCGGCCGCUUCGCGUCGGCGACACCGUCGUUAUCAACGGCAAAGUCGUCCCCGACGUCCAGGCCAAAAAGUUGUUCUCACUUCAAUUUUGAAAUAAUACAAUCUUCCGAUACAGACGGCUCUCUAUAGACCUUCUUGUUGGAACAAAGCCGGUUUACUACAAAACGGUCAGCACGUUGCACUUCACUGCACAGUACGAUUUAAAUCAAACUUCCAUUGGAGACUAUCAGGUGGGUAGCUCAAAGAGAUCGCUAGGGUUAUUCAAACGACAAGAAAAUUUCACAGCGAGAAAAGUUGUUUCACCGUGUGGUUUUAGUUUUCAAGGAAUGUUUUCUUAAAAUUGAAAAAUGUGGGUUUUCGGCUUGAUUCCACGUUAAAGGAGAACUUCAAAAAAAAACAUAAGUAUUUCAAAAAAUUGAGGUUUGCACAGAGGGCGGCUAGUUAACCCAGACCUCUAUGAUUUAUUUUGACGAACUUAUAGAAACAAUAAAAUAAAUUGAGAAACUUUUUAUAAAGCGCAUCUCGCUCUCAGAAAGAUGUGAAAUAUCGCCAUAAUUCAGCCCAACAAAAACCAAGUCUUCCGCGAGGAAAAGGUUCUCCCUCUUGCGUUCACCUUCGAUCCCUUCUCUCUCAGAGUCAAGUUAGUUUGAUCAUAACCCUACAACUAGCUCGGAUCGUUCAGAGUCGAGGCGGACGGAUAUUCAAUUUACGUCGAUAAAAAGUUCCUCUACAAGUUGAAAUACUUCAAGGAGAACUAUAGCACUGUGCAGACUCUUUACUUCCAAAACGUCGACUUUCACACCGAAUGGUGAAUUUUGUUUUUUUUUAUCCAUACUCAACAAAUUUUUAAAGCUUCAUUGAUUGUAAAGAGGAAAAAGUUUGCCCGAACACAGGAGGUGGAGAAAAGACGUUCAUUGUUGGCCAGAGAGUGUUCCGAGAAGUCGGUAAGUCUUCACAGAACUAUCCAUAUCUUCUUCUUGUAAAACAAUCAUUAUAGAUGGAACGUGUCCAGCAUGA